UCCAAAUAACCUAUAAAAGUACUAUUUACUUUAAAAUAAGAAUGUCCUUUACAUCCAAAGUUGUCUUAGCCUCAGCAUGCACUUUUUCACUAGGAAUUGUCGGCUAUGUACAUUUUAGACAAUAUUUAGACAGGGAAGCUUUACAUAAAGGAGUUUUGAAAGAUAUAGAGAGGAGAAAUCAACGAAAAAUGGAGAAUUUGUAUGCUUUACAGCAGCAAAUCGAGUUAACUAAACAGUUGCAAAAGGCAAGAGAUGAGCCCGAGGGUGUGACAUAAUUGCCUAGUUAGCAUGUGUUAAGAAGUUUUUGUAAUAUAUCUAGUUUUUCAAACACAUCCAGUGAUAUUUUCACGAAAAAUGAAACGGAAAGACUUAAUUAAAUCUCGAUAACAACAUGCUAUGAGGUUUUAAAACUUGAAAAAUAAGUUUUGAAUAGAAUAAAAAUAACGCAACAAAAAGGCAAGGUAACUUA